AUGGGCAACGAGGCAAACACCGGUGAUGCCAGUAGCAGCAGCGAUAGCAAUAGCAUGGAUCCUGCUGGCUACCCGGGGCUCCCUGAGGGUGCUGCUACCAGCGCUAGUGCUGGUAACGAUACAAGUGCUGAUGCCAGUAACAGCACUGCAGAAACCAGUAUCAUUCCUGGUAGCGACAGCACAGGAUCUGGUAAUACCAGGGCCCCCACCAGCAUCUCGCCUGCAGGCAAUAGCGCUGUUGCUGGUAACAGCACUGGAGGUGGUAACGGCGCAAGAGGUGGUAACUUCACUGGAGCCAAUAGCGCCAUAGCUCCCAGCAGCAGCACAACGCCUGGGGGAAACAGCAGUGAUGCUGGCAAUGGUACAGAGGGAGGGGCGUUGCAGAACGUCACUGGGGCUGCUGGCAAUGGCACGGAGGGGGGUGCGGUGCGGUACUUCACGGUGGGGCAGGAGGCGUUCGUGUGGGGGUCUCCUCUGGUCACCUUCUUCCGCCAGCAGGCCACCCGUGCUGCCCUCAACGCCUUCUCCUUCGCCAACACCACCGCUGUUGUUGGCACCACCAACGUGGCGCUCCCCAAUGUGGACACGGUGUAUGGAGGGGCCUUCCUCUACCUGCGAGACCAGCCCAUGGUGCUGAAGACCCCCUACAUGGGCCAAGGCCGCUACUACAGCGUCGGCUUCUUCCAGACCUACUACUCGGAUUUCAGUGUGAACGGCAGCCGAGCCAACGGGCCAGGCCCCAACACGUUCACUGUUGUCGGGCCGGAUUGGGCCGGAGAGCUGCCUGCCGACCUCGCUCCCACCGUCAUACGGUCACCCACCAACGACGCACUCCUGCUGAUGCGAGUGGUCGUGUCAGAGAACGUGUCCAACGACCUGGCUACAGCACCCUCUUCUCUUCACCUGCUUCCCACUCCCAUCCUUUGCUCAGCUAUAUUUCCUCUCCUUUCCCCCUCCCCCUUCUUUCCACAGUCACCAACCAAUGACGCUCUCCUGCUGAUGCGAGUGGUCGUGUCAGAGAACGUGUCCAACGACCUGGCUACAGUGCUCGACCUCUACAGUCAAGUCUCGCUACAGUCACUCUCAGAGGCACUGGGCGGGCCUGCAGUUCCGCCCCUCCCCAAUCCGCCUCUCCCCAGCUCCAACCUCUCCGAGGCCCUCCAGCGCAUGACUCUCAUUGGAGAAGGCCUCCAGCGCGACCCACCAGUGAACAACAGCGCCAACAACCGUGUCGUUCGCAUGGUGAGAUGGUUGGUGUAG